AUGGCUAGCUCGUGGAACCCCCUCGAUGAAAUCGAGAUUCUCCUGGCCGAUGAGCCAGCACCGAAGCCAGCACCGAAGCCAGCACCGAAGCCGACGCCAAGGCCGGUCCAGGGACCGACGCCGCCGAUGCCAACAACGCCGUCACCACCGUCACGCGUGAUCCCCAAGGUAGGGACCACGAUACAACGCUCCGACCGGCAGCAGCAGCGGAAAGCUGCCUUCUUGGCCUCGCCACCGCCGCCAUCAACCAAGGGGCGAAAGCGAAGGCCACCGGACGCCGCGUGUACGAUAACGCACAUGGCGCCGCAGGAGCGGAAGCCGACCAGGCCGGCGGCCAUGCAGACCACCGCACCGCCGGGACCAGCAGCCGCUACCAGCAGACGGCCAUCUUGGGCCGUUGAAACUCGGCCGUCAACGGCCGUCGCCGCACCGCCGACACCACCAGCCGCCGCACGACGGCCGCUACCAGCCGCUGCACGGCCACCACCAGCCGUAGCACGGCCACCACCAGCAGCUACCAGGCCAUCACCAGCCGCCGCAACACCUGCGCCACCAGCUAGGAAAGCACCGGAUCCACCACCCUUCAUGGUGGAGUUCGCGUCAAGGGAGUUCGCGGCCAUUCCCUACUGA